UUCGGAGAUGCGCCGCAGAAUCUCAUUGAACCCGCCAGCGGGAACUACGACGUUGCUGUUUUGAUGACUAAUUUUACGAGAGCCGGUGCUGCUGCGAUCCCCAUGGAUCCAGCCGAUAUCCAAGCCCGGCUAGGCGACGUAUUUUCCGAUCGCGCGAUUGACGAAGGAAUGUUUCGGACAGUUGCUUAUGUUAUUCGUGCUCCAUGUGGCGGCGGGCGUUGGUUGUGCAUGCUCAGCGGCUCCAUGAUUCCUGGAAGUUCAUCGGAGGAAGCCCCCGCGAUGCUGUGCGAUUCUCUGUACUCCGCCCCGCGCAUCUUGACGUUGACGCAGGUUGAGGACCUUGUCACUCUCUGUGCGUUCGAGCACGCCCAAAGAGCAUCAAUCGCAGAUUAUUUUUGUCCGUGGCACUGCUUUCUGAUCGGACUCCGCGUCGAAAACUAGGGCGAUCUGUUGAUGUCCUAGGCGUGCUAUGCGUGGCAGCAUAAUUCCGAGCCCGCUCCGCCUGGGGAGAGUGAGCCUCGCGUUUGUGUAAGAAGACACCCGAAAGCUUCGCAGAAUCGGUGUCCAAUGUAGCGCUGCACCACUUGCCGCAUCGGAGCAUACUUUUUUAUAUUGCUUUCCAGCAUUGCACACAUCUUCAACCGUUCCAUGCGCCAGCCACGUACAUGCUGACGCGGGUCGCAUUUUGAUCGUUGCUUCCACGCCUGCUAGAUAUUUUAUGCUCCCUUCAUUCGAAGCGCGUCUGCUUUUCGGCGGCGUCACCGCCAGUCUGCACGGCAUCUGCUGUCUAGUUUCACCCGUGCUGUGCAUUGCUGUACUUGCGAUUUCCUCGGUUGGCGACUCUUGGAGCGCAUUGAAAAUUUAUCGUCGUGAUCG